AUGCACGGAGGUCAUGCUGCUCUGAGGUCCGUUUUGUUUCCUCCCAGGGGGAGCAGGAGCAGGAGCAGCUGUGCUCCCAGAGGGAGCUCCCAGGAGAUGAAGAAGCUGGACACUAACGCCUCAAAGGAACAAGGCUUCUGCCCGCUCUCGGAGGACUACAAGCAAACCUACCUCUCCCUGACCUACAGUAUCACCUUUGUGCUAGGGCUGCCCCUGAAUGGCACUGUCUUGUGGCUCUCCUGGCACCAAAGCAAGUGCUGGAACUGUGCCACCAUCUAUCUGGUGAACCUGAUGGUGGCCGAUGUGCUUUAUGUGCUGACACUGCCCUUCCUCAUCAUCACCUAUGCCCUGGGUGACAGGUGGCCCUUUGGGGAACUACUCUGCAAGCUGGUGCACUUCCUGUUCUACACCAACCUCUAUGGCAGCGUCCUGCUGCUGACCUGCAUCUCCAUUCACCACUUCCUGGGUGUGUGCCAUCCCCUGACCUCGCUGCCCUACCGGACCUGCCCGCACGCCCUGCUGGGUGCAGCUGCCACCUGGGCCCUGGUGGUCUUGCAGGUGCUGCCCACACUGGUCUUCUCCCACACAGGCUACAUUGAUGGCCAAGUGGUCUGCUACGACAUGACCUACCCAGAGAAUUUUGAUCAGUUUUUUGUCUAUGGUAUGGUUCAGACGUUGUCUGGCUUUGUUUCCCUCCUUGGUUAUCUUGGUGUGCUACUCGCUGAUGCAGAGGAGCCUGACCAAACCAGAGGAGACCCUGGAGAGGACAGGCAGUGCAGCCCGGGCCAAGUGCAUCUGGACCGUCCUGCUGGUGUGCAGCCUCCUCACCCUCUGCUUCGUGUCCUUUCACAUCACUCGCUCCUUCUACCUCCUACUGCGCUUCCGGAUGUCCCAGGACUGCCAGCUCCUGCAGGUCGCCAGUGUGGCCUACAAGAUACGGAGGCCGCUGGUGAGCAUGAACAGUUGCCCCACCCGGUCCUGUAUUUCCUGAACCAUAGGGUCAGGCUCUUCCGGAAACCGAGGCAUAACAGGGUGGGUGAGCACCCAGCGGGAGCCAAGGGAGAGAGACCCAGGGUGGGGCAUAUCUGGGUCCUGUCGAGAUGA